UAUUUUGAGAGUGUCGUGCUGCUGUGUUGUUAGAUACACCGUGAAAUGGGCUCUGAUCAAUAAUUGUCGAUCAAAUUGACCCUGGUUCGGGAAGCUACACGUGAUAUUCCUGUUCGCGGACACCACUCUGGAUCUCGGGGUGAUUACUACGAUUUGCCAAUAUCCAGUCAGGAAAGGGCGUGUUCUUAUGCUCUUUUAAAUGCAUCCCUGGCCGUUUGCAUCACUAUCCCAUAUCUUCCGAAUGUGAGCAAUGGUGCCGCCAGGCUACGUGGAUAUUACCACGGCCCUAUACUCCAGAGGUUCCGUGAACGUGAUUGGGGUUGUUGUCGAUGUCUUUGGGGAUGUCUUCAGAACAGGUGGUUCGUCCGUAUGUAUUACGUUUACUUUGAAAGACACAAAUCUGGAAAACGGGCAUUCUUGGGACGGACUGAAAAUCAAGUAUUUCAACGAUGAUCGAGCAUCAUUACCUCCGGUCAAGGAGCGCGACGUUGUACUCUUACAAGAUCUCCGGGUAAGGACAUUCAACGGGAAGACGAUCGCAGUUGCUUCCCAGCAUGAGACGGUUCCGUGGGCCAUUUACCGGCAAGAGUCAGACGCAAGAACCACAGCGGCACCAAUCUCUGGCCCGGAUCCUUUUGAACCAUCUCAUUUGGAAAAGAAAUAUGCAUUAGCGCUGCUGAAACGUGCCUCUUCGGUUGAUGCCACCGGGCAUCUGCGUGCCGUGGAGGCUUAUAAGAGCUCUCAAGUGGUUCAAGCUUCCGUGCCCACUCGAAAACCUGGCGGAAAACAGUUUUCUCUUAUCAAGGACAUCGAGGAGCGCACAUAUGUGAUCCUCGUCUGCGAAGUACUCAACAUCAGCGUAAAUGAUAGUGAAAAGCUUAUCAUCGAUGUCACUGAUUACACUUCUAAUGAGAGUUUGUCGAAUGACGAGGCAGAUGAUGACGACGGCCGUGAAGGAGACAGCUUCAACUACUUAGCACCACGCCCGAAGAGGAAGCGAAACGGGCCUUUGGGACGAAUGACGCUUCGGAUAACGCUUUGGGACCCGCAUGCUGCCUUUGCUCGCGUAAAUAUCCGACCAAACCAUUUUGUACACUUGAACAAUGUGCACAUUAAACGGGGCCGUAUCUAUAAAAAUUUGGAAGCCAGUAUCCAUACUGACCGUCAUUACCCGGACAAAAUCUGCAUCACGAAAGUGAACCCUUCAAACGACGAACGAGCGCGUGCAUUGCUAGAUCGCAGGAAGGAGUAUUGGGCAAAACACUACAGCAAAGAAGAUGCUCAGGAAGAAAAUACGGAAAAGCCUGCGAACUUUAAGAAGACCAAGCAGACCAAACCGCAGAAAAAGCAGGAAAAGAAAAAUGAAGAAGGCCAAAAUCCGCUUGAGAUUAGCAAAAGAACUCGCUUAAACGUGCAUAUUAAAGCCAUGAAUGUUUCCAUCAAAUGCAAGCGACUGGAGGACAUCUUGACCAAUGAAUCCCACGAAUAUAAGACCCCCGAGGGCAUCGAAUACCGUCUUCCAUUCCAAAACAUCUGCUACCGAUCGGAUAUCCGCGUGGUCGACUUUUUCCCUCCCAACCUGGAAGACUUCGCUGUGCCCGAGGAGCCCGAUAGCAAUAGAUUAACUGCGUCUGAUGGUGAACUCGAUAUUUCCAGUCACCCAAAAAGCUUCACAAGGUGGGAAUGGCGAUUCUGUCUUCUCGUCGAAAACUCCACCCCUCCAGGCCCAGGCGUCCCCAAGGAGAGGAUACGCCUUUAUGUCUCCGGACCAGAUGCCGAGUGUCUACUGGGUUUAGAUCCCGUCGAUCUACGAAAGAAAAAGGCUUCAUUGCGUGAGCUAAAGGAAAAGCUCUUCAUCCUAUGGGGCGAUCUCGAAGAACGGAAGUCACAAGCUGCCGCUGAGGGUAAAACAGACCCCCAGAGCUGGGGCCCUGUGUCCUCAGUUCCAUUUACGUGCUGUAUCAAAGAGUACGGUGUGAGAUGCUCGCAUGUUGAUGAUGCAGAUGAUUCCAAUCUUGGUUGUGAGAAUGAGGGCUGUUUCGGCUGGGAGAGACGGUUGGGAAUGUUUCAGACGACAAUUCAUUCGUAGGCGGUUUGGUUUUGUGGUAUAUAUACGAUUUUCAUUGUGUCUUCGCUCCUAGGGUAUGUUGAAUAUCUUAAUUCUUACGGGUCAGUGUAUUUCAGGAACUGUUUGUUAUGGUUUGUGCUAUUUUCGAGAUACCAUAUAUAGUUUCUUCUAUUUCGACUUUCUUUAAUCGAUCCACAUUUAC